CUUUCCCACCCCCACCUGCCAUCAAUCGAACCAUGUCCAAUAUGACUAAUGGAGCCAAUCCACCACCACCAUCACAACAUCGACUCUCACAACCUACUACAUAUCUAAGAAAUUCAAUUUCAUCAUCUGAUCUGAAUUCAACCCCAACAGCAUCACCUCCGCCAAUACAACAGGUGUCAGAUACUACACCAUCUUCAACUUCAGCUGGAUUACCACCACCACCACCUAGCAUGAUUGGUAGUAAAAAACCUGCUACAAAGAAAAGCAUCAAAUCACGUUAUGUGGAAAUUAGAUGAUGAUGACGAAAAAAGAUUUGAUUUUAUAAAGAAGAGAAGUGACGAAGGAAAAAAAAUGAAGGUUUUUGUCUUUAUUUUUUACAUCAUGAUGAUUUGAUUGUAUAACUACUACUAGUACAAAGAAAAAUCAUAGGUAGUAUAUAUAUAUAUUUGUUAGAUUGAUUUUAUCAUUAACUAUUCAUUCCAAUUUAUGAUUAUUUUUUUCCUCCAUAGCAGAAGUUUGUAUAUAGAAUUUCUUAUUUUCUUCUUGUGUCUUUGAAGACGUUUUCAUGUUUUGGAGUAAGCAAGGUUUUUGAGAAAAAGUGGUUGAUGGGGUGGUAUGAUAUAUAUAUAAAUAUAGUGUUGAGUUUUAGAAAUUUAGAGAAAUUUGUUACUUUUUAUAUCAGUUUGUUUGUUUUGGAAGAUUUUAUGAGGGUUUUUUGUUUGAUUUUCAAUGGUUUAUUACAGAUCUGUCAGUUGGCA